AUGAGGAGAGAUUUUUUGCCUCAGAAAGUUGUAGUCUUGGGGGGAGCCCGUACUCCUAUCGGCAGCUUUCUGGGGGCACUUCGAGCUGCGCCGGCAGCGAGGCUUGCUGCUGCUGCUGCAGCAGGAGCCCUCCAGCGUUCUGGAGUUGCUCCUGCUGAGAUUCAGCAGUGUCUAGUGGGCCAGGUGAUUGCCUCAGGGCAGGGGAAGGGAGCUCACCGGCUUGCGUUGCAGCGCUCAGGCAAGUGCUUCUCUAAUAUCUCUCCCUCUGUUGCUGUUGCUUCAUCACCAGCUGUCCUGGCAUUUGCUGCGCCAUGCCUGUGGGGCCUUUCUGCAUGCUGCCUUCUUCUGCCGUUCCGUUUCCGAAUUCCCUAUUCUGCUUCUGUCUACGGAGUGAACGGCAGUUGCCCCUCUGGCCUCAAGGCAGUCUGUUUGGCGGCGAGUUCCGUAGCUUUGGGCGAAACUCCUUUGGCUUUAGCUGUCGGCGUUGAGUCCUUGAGCAACGCUCCUUACCUGCUGUUGAGGGCGCGACAGGGCGGCUACAAACUGGGAGACGGUUCGUUAGCUGAUUCGAUUGUCCUCGAAGGCCUCAGAGGGUUUGAAAAUCAGAAGCCGCGUGGAACGCGGGCAGAAGCGGCGGCAGUGCAGUUGGGGAUAUCUCGAGAGGAAUGCGACAAGUACGCAGUGCAGAGCUUCAAGCGUGCAGCAGAUGCGGCGAGCAGCGGCUUCUUUCGUCUCGAGGGUCUUCUACCCUUCUCCACGGCAUCUUUAGACAUGCCUAGCCAGUGUGCGAUUUGCGCUGCAUGCUCGCCUCAAGUGCCGCAGCUGCAACAGCACCAGGAACGCCAUUUAGCAGUCUUCCGUCACCGCCGGCAACAGCCGCAGCAUCAAGAGCCGCCGGGGGUGCUGCAACAGGAUGAGGAGGUACAGCGCCUGUCACUGGACCGCCUUGCUUCGGCAGAUCCGGUGUUCGGCCCUGAAGGGCUCACCACGUCUGAAAAUGCCUUUAAGCUGGGGGACGGUGCUGCAGCAGUAGUGCUAGCAGCUGAUGAAGAGGCGAGAAAAAGGGGCUUGAAGCCGCUGGCCAGUAUUAUGCGGGUGCAGGCGGAUUUGUACGAAAUUCAUGAAGUCUUUGCUGCGCUGCCUCUGUUGCUGAUGCGUCGGCUGAGUCUCUGUCCCUCCCGCGUUAAUCUUCACGGCGGGGCGAUUAGUCUAGGUCAUCCUCUAGGCAUGUCGGGAGUGAGGAUGCUGCUAUCUUUAACAGCUGCCCUGAAAGCGCGGGACCUUCUCUACGGUUGUGCAGUCAUCUGCAACGGGGAGGACUCUGCCACGGCGAUCGUGCUGGAGGCUCUUUGA